AUGUCUUCCAAAAAUUUCAUGUCGGUAAUACCGUGGGAUCCAACAUCCGAACAGCACUUCCAACGACUCCAACAGCAACGCAUAUCCUGUGGCUGGGGCGUAGAAAAUGUUUCUGAUUGGGGAACUGAACAGCUUGAAGGAAAAAGAGUUCUUUGUUGGCUUGUCAUCAAGCCCACUCAUCCAUGUUACGACACCCUCAUGGCCAGCCAUAUCUCCCAAUUUCCUCAAGAAUCAGAGUGCUUGCCAGAUUCGGGAUCAGAUACUUUCCCCGUGCAGCGCGAAAGAAAGGAAACUUUCAUGCCCAUCGGUCACAUCUCGCUGGACUUCCCACCGACUGGUUUCGCCGACCCUGCAAGAGGAAGAAUAGGCGCUACGAGCCUCUAUCUGUCACCAGCAAUUCGAGGAUUGGAGUUUGGACGUCAUGUGUUUGGCUUGAUGCGAGGUGUUGCGGGCCGUUUUGCAAGAUAUGCUGUGAUGGAGGUGCCGAUUAGGGAGACUGUUGAGGCUGUUGAACGGUUUGAGAAGUUUGGGGAUGGAAGACCGGAGUUUUCGCUUGCGGAUUGGUAUGAGAGUAUCGGUUGUAAGCGACUGCAUGGCAAGAAGCGGUUUGUGAAUGAAACGGACUCGAAGGGAAGAGUCUGGAACGUGGAAUUGGUUGGUAUGGAAUGGGAUCUUUGGGGAAGUGAGGUUGCGGAGAAGCCGCGUCUGUAA